AUGGACAUGACCAAAUGUGCUACGAACGUUCAAAAUGCAUUGUUACCACACUCGGCUAGAAUCUCUGUGAAGUCGUUUUUCAAAACGCCCUCAAAAUCUGUUCUAGAUGAUCGUUUCGCCUGCCAAAACUUUGUUGUUCAGCAGUUUCAGUUGCAAUGCCCAAGAAUGGGAUACGUAAGUUGUUACUAUUCUACCACAUCGUACCAUACCGUAUCGUACCUUCUCUUAUAUCAUUCUGUUUUAUUUCACCCUCUCCUACUUUAUAUUCAUAUUGGUGCCGACAUAAAGAACCCGCCAUUUUUACAAGAAAUUACAGGCAAAGUAUGGCGGGUUCUUCAUGUCGGCACCUAAUAGAUGUUUCCAUAUACUACAGUAAACAAUUUCAGGCCCAAAGUACUUCGGUAAUCAGCAAGAUGUUGUUGAAGUUGUGCCGCAACGAAGUUCCACAAGAGAAGAUUAUCAUGGAGCUGAUCAAAAACUGCUACUAA